GAUGCUGCAGACAUUCUUGGAAUCCGUGAAGACGCUUCUGUGAGAGCGAUCAAGAUGGCAUACCGCAAACUGGCGAUCAAAUGGCACCCGGACAAGAACCCGGGGGACGAGGACGCGACCGCGAUGUUCCAGAUGAUCGGCAACGCGUACGAGACCCUC